AAUAACAAACUAACUGAUUUACAAGAAAAAAAAAAACAAUAAUACACUCAAAUAGGAAUAAAGUGAAAACCACAGAAAAUCGUCCGCAAUGGAGGGCCGUCUUAUCGAGUACCGCCCUAUUGGUGGUGGCCUCGACUACCACCACAAUUCGCCACUAAUCGGCGAAAUACCGCCGGCUGGUGGCGACUACUCGCAUGCCGUCCAUCGUUCCAUCGAUCAAUUGCGCAACAGUUUAAAUGAGCGCGUCGCACUCGGACCGCUGAGUGUUUUUUCGAAUUCCUCCGCCGAUCUGCGCUCGUCGGUUUUGUCCUACAGUCAGCAGCAGCAGCAGCAGCAACAAGCCACGCAACCGCAACAUGGCCCACCACAUGCCAGCCAUCAACAACAGCAACAGCAACAGCAACAACAACAGCAACAACAACAACAGCUGACCACACAGUAUGGACAACUUGCGGCGGCUACUGGUGCGAGCAAUGCCAGCGCUGGCGAUUUACAUGCCCAGCAGCAGCAGCAGCAGCAACAACAACAGCAGAAAGUUAGCACCACCACAGGUGUAGCACCAUCGAACGCUGUAGCGGUUGCCAACAACAAUAACAAUCCUGCAAUUCCGGUUAAAGUGGCCAUCGACUCGAAUGCCGUAGUCAGUUCGACGGUGCCGAAUGGCGCCACAACGGGCAACAGCGCUGGUGCAAAUACCACAGUUCCUAGUGGCCCUGGCGGCGGUGGUGGUGGACGUGGUCGUAAAGCGCGUAUCUAUCCAAAUCCGAAUCAGCACAUCAUCGUGACCAGCAACAGUGUGGAUCAUCAUCACGCCGCUGCCGGACGUCAUCAUCACAUCGGCACUGUCAGUGAUGUUGGUGGCGGCGGCGGUGGCGGCAGUGUUGGCUCAACAACCAGUUCUCCACGGCAUAUGGACAUCAAGGAUACGAAGAUUUUCAGCUCGAAAGUGGACCUACAGCUGCACACGCAAAUUCAUAUGCGCGAAGCUAAGCCGUACAAGUGUACGCAGUGCUCCAAAGCGUUUGCCAACUCAUCCUACCUGUCGCAGCACACCCGCAUCCAUCUGGGCAUCAAGCCGUAUCGUUGCGAGAUCUGCCAACGCAAAUUCACCCAACUGUCACAUCUGCAACAACACAUUCGCACCCACACCGGCGACAAGCCGUACAAGUGUCGACAUCCCGGCUGCCAGAAAGCCUUCUCGCAACUCUCCAAUCUGCAAUCGCAUUCGCGCUGCCACCAAACGGACAAGCCAUUCAAAUGCAACUCCUCAUCGGUGAAUGCGGGCGGCGGAGGUAGUGCUGGUGGCGGUGGUGGUGGCAGCGCGUCAGGUGGACCGCCCAACGGACAUGGUGAGCUGCAGUCGCAUCACCGGAUGAGCGACAAUGGUCGGGAAGAUAUCGUAUCCACACCAUCCACCGUCGGACCCUACGAUGCGGCCAGUAUUACAAAGACCACCAGCAAUUCAGCAUUCACGCCCAUCAAUUCAAUGCCACCACACUUGAAUACACUCAGUCACCAUCCGAUGGCGCAGCGACCCUAUCUGUAUGAUGCCAUCAGUUUCCAAAAUAAGAAUGUCAAUCAGAAUAAUUCGAAUACCUUUCCCAAUCAACUGAUAUCGCUGCAUCAAAUAAGAAACUAUGCGCACCAACCGGCUGGACUAAUGGCUGGCGAGCAUUUGCUUGGCGUUAGUGUAGGGCCUGGUAAAGACAAAGGAUAGCUAUACUUUUAAGUGCGAAAGCACGAAACACUCACAGGGCAGGAGUAUUCAGAUGAGCUUGAAGAAUAUUUGAACCGAGCUGGAACGACAUGGUGUGGCAGACAGACCACCUUACUGAAGGAGAAAGUGGAUAUACAUCUAAAUAAAUACAUAAAUGGAAUUGCUAAUGAAAAAUAAACAACAACUUGCGAUGAUUUUAAGUAAAAUUAUGUAUGCACAAAUCCCAACUUAUCUACAGCGCCUUAGUCUUUCUUCUUCUUACGCUACACACAUUAAAUGUUCUGUGGGUUCUACUUUCGCACAGUAUGCUGAACGUCGUCUGAUUUGGUUUAGGCUAAGUAAAAAAAGAUUGUAAAAGUAUUUUGUACAGAUUUUAAGAUAGCAUUUUAAAUUUAAGUAUGUAUUGUGUAUAAAUUUUUAACAUUCACUUACCGUCCAUUUGCGUUGAAAUUUCAAGGAGCAAUAGAUAUGAAAAAACAAUUUCUUUUUCAAAAACGAAAAACUCAUUUCUACAUGUUUUAUAUUACAUAUAUAACUGCGAUUUAUUUUAAUUAGAUUUAGGCG